CGGCAGUUCCCAGCCGACACCGCCUCCGCUCCGAGCACCCGGGGCUAUGCCGGCCCCGGCUCCGGUAGGGGUCAGGGGGGUGUCCCCAAUGGCCGCGGCGGGCUCCAGGAAGCCAAACGUGUAAACGUGCGGGAAUCAUGGAAGCAGACCAGCGGCCAGCGGCGGGGGCCGGCGACGCGGCGACCCCUGGGCUGGAGGCGGCGCCUCCUGUUGCCCCGGUGUCCGCGACAGCGGCCUCGGGUCAGAUUCCCGGGUCCCGGUCCAGUUCCGAGCCCAAAAGGAGGCAGCUCAGGACACUGCUCCAGCCCACGGUCAACAAGUUCUCGCUUCGCGUGUUCGGCAGCCACAAAGCAGUGGAAAUCGAGCAGGAGCGGGUCAAGUCAGCGGGGGCCUGGAUCAUCCACCCCUACAGCGACUUCCGUUUUUAUUGGGACCUGAUCAUGCUGCUGCUGAUGGUUGGGAACCUCAUCGUGCUUCCCGUGGGCAUCACCUUCUUCAAGGAGGAAAACUCCCCGCCCUGGAUCGUCUUCAACGUCCUUUCCGACACUUUCUUCCUGCUCGAUCUGGUGCUCAACUUCCGCACGGGCAUCGUGGUGGAGGAGGGCGCCGAGAUCCUGCUGGCACCGCGGGCCAUCCGUACGCGCUACCUACGCACCUGGUUCCUGGUUGACCUCAUCUCCUCUAUCCCCGUGGAUUAUAUCUUCCUGGUAGUGGAGCUGGAGCCACGGCUGGACGCCGAGGUCUACAAAACCGCGCGCGCCCUGCGCAUCGUGCGCUUCACUAAGAUCCUCAGCUUGCUGCGGCUGCUCCGCCUCUCCCGUCUCAUCCGCUACAUCCACCAGUGGGAGGAGAUCUUUCACAUGACCUAUGACCUGGCCAGUGCUGUGGUUCGCAUCUUCAACCUCAUCGGGAUGAUGCUGCUGCUAUGUCACUGGGAUGGCUGCCUGCAGUUCCUGGUCCCCAUGCUGCAGGACUUCCCUCCUGACUGCUGGGUCUCCAUCAACCACAUGGUGAACCACUCGUGGGGCCGCCAGUAUUCCCACGCCCUGUUCAAGGCCAUGAGCCACAUGCUCUGCAUUGGCUAUGGGCAGCAGGCACCCAUAGGCAUGCCCGACGUCUGGCUCACCAUGCUCAGCAUGAUCGUGGGUGCCACGUGCUACGCCAUGUUCAUCGGCCACGCUACUGCCCUUAUCCAGUCCCUGGACUCCUCCAGGCGCCAGUACCAGGAGAAGUACAAGCAGGUGGAGCAGUACAUGUCCUUCCACAAGCUGCCGGCUGACACACGGCAGCGCAUCCAUGAGUACUAUGAGCACCGCUACCAGGGCAAGAUGUUCGACGAGGAAAGCAUCCUAGGCGAGCUGAGCGAGCCGCUUCGGGAGGAGAUCAUUAACUUUACCUGCCGUGGCCUGGUGGCCCACAUGCCGCUGUUCACCCAUGCCGACCCCAGCUUUGUCACGGCGGUGCUCACCAAGCUGCGCUUUGAAGUCUUCCAGCCAGGGGACCUCGUGGUGCGUGAGGGCUCCGUGGGCAGGAAGAUGUACUUCAUCCAGCACGGGCUGCUCAGUGUGUUGGCUCGUGGCGCCCGGGACACCCGCCUCACUGAUGGAUCCUACUUUGGGGAGAUCUGCCUGCUGACUCGGGGCCGGCGCACUGCCAGCGUGAGGGCCGACACCUACUGCCGCCUCUACUCACUCAGCGUAGACCAUUUCAAUGCUGUGCUCGAGGAGUUCCCCAUGAUGCGCCGGGCCUUCGAGACCGUGGCCAUGGACCGGCUGCGCCGCAUCGGCAAGAAGAAUUCCCUUCUGCAGCGGAAGCGCUCCGAGCCAAGCCCGGGCAGCAGUGGGGGCAUCAUGGAGCAGCACUUGGUGCAACACGACAGAGACAUGGCUCGGGGUGUUCGGGGCCUGGCCCCAGGCACAGGGGCUCGGCUCAGUGGAAAGCCGGUGCUGUGGGAGCCACUGGUGCACGCGCCCCUGCAGGCAGCCGCCGUGACCUCCAACGUGGCCAUUGCCCUGACUCACCAGCGGGGCCCUCUGCCCCUCUCCCCCGACUCUCCAGCCACCCUCCUUGCUCGCUCUGCCUGCCGCUCAGCAGGCUCCCCAGCCUCCCCGCUGGUGCCUGUCCGAGCCAUCCCUCUGCUGGCCCGGGGGCCAUGGGCAUCUACGUCCCGUCUGCCUGUCCCACCUGCCCGAACCCUCCACGCCAGCCUAUCCCGGGCCGGGCGCUCCCAAGUCUCCCUGCUGGGGCCGCCCCCAGGAGGAGGUGUGCGGCGGCUGGGCCCUCGGGGCCGCCCACUCUCAGCCUCCCAACCUUCUCUGCCUCAGCGGGCAGCAGGGGACAGCUCUCCUGGGCGUAAGGGCUCAGGAAGUGAGCGCCUGCCGCCCUCAGGGCUCCUGGCCAAGCCUCCAGGGACAGCCCAGUCCCCCAGGCCGCCAGUACCUGAGCUAGCUGCCCCCCGGGGUCCCCAGCUCUCUGCCAACAUGUGAAACCCUUAGGAACACCCAGCCUUAGCUCUCGGGGUGCAGGAAUGUGUACUUGGGGCCAACGCCUCUUAGGGAAGGCUGAGGGGACUUAAAGCACUCUCCUAUGAGGGUAUUUCCCCUGACUUUCAAGAAGAUGGUCUCUGUGUCCUCAGCUCGGGCACCCUGUAGCCUGUCUGAUGCCCACCUAAUCCAUUCAUCCACUCAUCCAAAGUACUGAGUGCCUACCUUGAGCAAGGCACUGUACCAGGCGCUGUAUGUCUCCACUGCCAAGUAGAAGUGAUUCCAGCCCUCUUAUGAGGGUAGUCCCCUGGCCAUGGUCCUGCCAGGUGCAGGUCCAGGCCCGUGACCCCACCUUUACGAAGCACAAGUACCCGCCACCACCAUCACUGCCAAGUAAUUAGAUGUCUCUGUGUUGCCAGCGUGGGCCCCAACCUGCCAAGAACCAUGCAGGUUCUGCCUGGCGUGGUUAUCUUCUUGUCCCCCUAGCAUAGCCUGGCACUGCCAAUUCCCUAGCACCCCUCUUCCCCGCCAUCGCUGUAGAGAACAAAUGUCUUGGAUCCCCAGCUGGGUGUCCACCUUUGCACUCUCACUGCCAUCAGUGUCCCUCCCUGUCUAUAACCUCUGGGCAGAAACACACGCCUCCUGUCAAGUUCCCUGCAGUCUCUAUGUGGUAGAACUGUCUUUUCUGUGAACUGAAAGCCACCUCCUCCCUGUGACCCCGGCCCAGUGGUGUCCCCCCUUGAAGCUAGGGGGAUAGUUGGCAUCUCCUUAAUUCAGUGUGCCAGCCUAGAUGCCCCCCAGGUGGGGGAACAUGGCUGAAUUCUUAGAUGACAUUUUUUCUUUCCUUUCUUCCUUAUUUAUUUGCUUAUUUAUUCAACUAUUUAAUUUUAUUUAUUCCAUUUGCUAAUUUUAUUAUUAAUUCAUAUUAUUUACCUAUUCCUUCAUCUAUACUGAGUUUGCUGUUGGUGCAGGAGUAAGGGGAGGGCCCGAGGUAUCUCAGCCUGGGGAGGGGCAGGCCAGCCGGCACCUCUACCUUCUCAGGGACAAGAGAAAUCCUCUCCCUCAACCCCUUCUGUCUCCCCUCCUACUCUGCACAUCAAAAAAUAUGGAGCCAAGUUCCUGGCAUCUAACACUCCUUUCCCACAGGGUGGGGGUAUUCUGGGGUUCUUGGAGUACGGGAGUUUUAUAAUUGCUUCCAAACAGCCAAGUUUAAAAAGAAAAUAGA